GUGGAGCUCCAGGGGCUCGAGCCACGGGCCGGCCACGCGCGAGCACGAGCUCGUCAGCAGAAAUCGGAUGGAGGGAGGAGGAGGAGGAGGAGGAGCUUCACCGUGGAGGUUAAAACCCAGAGCCCCCGCAGAGUGACCCACGCUGACACUCUGUGGGACAGCUCUGCACAGGGAAACCUCAGCACAUCGUGUGUACAGAGAGAGAGACCGGAGAUCCUCGGAGAAAAGAAACUUAUCAUCUGACAAACUUUCUGAGGAGGUCCCGGGACACAGCAGCACGGAGUACUAUGAUGAUUAAGCCAUACAUGAGACAAGGCGAGGGAGAGGAGGUCAUCAGCCCUCUGCAGUGGAUGGAUGGAGAUGUGAGCUCACCUGAUGGAGACGCGUCUGUGUCAUCGCAGCACUACAGAGUGGGUGGAGCGAACAAACAGGCCCGCGAGAUGGGGAGCGAGGAUGCAGAGGAAGAUGAGGAGGAUGAAGAGGAGGGACAGGAGGACGAAAGUGAGUCCAAACGACGAGGACCAAAGAAAAAGCGGAUGACCAAGGCCCGCCUGGAGCGAUUCCGCGCGAGGCGUGUGAAGGCCAAUGCUAGGGAGCGUUCACGUAUGCAUGGGCUGAACGAUGCGUUGGAGAACCUGCGCAGCAUCAUGCCCUGUCACUCCAAAACACAGAAACUGUCCAAGAUUGAGACGUUACGGCUGGCCCGCAACUACAUCUGCGCCCUGUCCGAAGCCCUGGAAGGGGGUCUUUCCACAGAAAGCAGGGCUUUCAUGGAGACUCUGUGUAAGGGCCUCUCACAGCCCACCACUAACUUGGUGGCCGGCUGCCUGCAGCUGGGACCGGCUCCUGGCAGUGGGAUGAGGCCUGAGGACAGACACAGAGCUCGGGCAGCACCUACUCCUCUCGGUGGCAUGGUGAGCUACUCCUCCCCGGGCCUGCCGAGUCCGCCAUAUGGCACUUUUGACUCUGCUCACCUGCUUCACCUGAGGGCGAUGAAAGGGGGAGUCUAUGAGAAUCAUUCGCCGAAUGAGUAUAAUGCCGGCGGUGUGGGGACGCCUCCAUACGACGGUCCCCCUACACCUCCUCUGAGCAUCAGCAGCAACCUGGUGCCCAAACAGGAGCCUUCACCCCACUACGCACCCCCACACCACUAUUCCCCCUCUUCUGUGGACCAGGAGCUGUAUCAGACACAGAGCAGCUAUGAUGUACACUUAGAAGGGCAGUAUGACUCCUACCGUCCACUGCACAUGCCCCCCCGACAGAUAACCUCCGUCUACAGAGACUGAGAUGAGUCACGAGUGUCGAUCCUGCUUCAGCCAUCAAUACAGGCUGACUGAUCGUCUUCGCUUUGCUUUUGCUUUGAACUGACCCUGAUGUCUCUUGGACUUCAAGAUUGAAGGAUGAGUCGUUCAGUAGACAGUCUGCUUGUAGAGGAACUGUAGAAUAAUAAUGUUUGUUUGGUUUUGUUUACAUGUGAUGUGGUGUACCUAGACUAGUACUCCGGAAUUUUGUUAAAAUUAUAAAGUACUUGUCUUAGACCAAUAUAUUUUCUUUAAAAAAAGAUUACCAAAUGAUUCAGCAACAGGAAAUGAUGUUGCUUUGGCCAUUUUCAUGUUACUGUGAUACAAGCACUUCUAAUUUAGCUUUGGUUGCAUUGGAUAUUCUACAUAAUUUAAAAGUAUUUUUAUUUAUUCUCUAAUUUAAUACAGUGUAUAUGGACUUUGUUCUGAUGUGCAGGUGUGUGACUGGCUUUCCUUUUGUAUAUAUUUGUGGUCAAUGCUUUGCUUUCUUCUACUUAGACCGUCAGUUUAUCUCUUACGUUUCUUUUGUGUCCACGUUUUUUUGUUGUUUAUUACAGUUUGUACUUAAAACAUAUUCAGACAUGAUUUCCCAGCAAAUGUAGCUGAUCUUCGGGAGGUUUUGGCUACACUUAAGACCCACUUUAAACCUGGAUCAAAACUGAAGGGAAACGAUGGAGUGAGGGAUCAAGGUUCAGAGGAAAAAAGGUCACUCUCAGGUUAACAGCAUGAAAACGAUCUCAUUUCCAACACAUUUUUUAUUGGAUAUCUUGCAAUUUUCCGUAUUCUUUAA